AUACUUGUAGUAAUGACAGAAAGCACUCGACGUAAUUUUAUAAGCAAGCGAAAUUUUGUUAGUGUUUUAUAUAUUAACUUAUAAAUAGUUAGUGGGAGUGAUGUAUUAAACAUUGUUGACCUACUGUGUGAUAGUUUGGUGCAAGAAUUGAACUAGUUUUGGGUAGAAGUAGAGGUGAUCUUUGUUAAAAAAUGUCCCAACUAAAAAGUUCUGUAAGCGCCGAACGUACCAGUAUACACGAUAUGUUGAAAGACACACCUGCUAACGAGAAUAGGAAUAGCGCUCCCACGGUGGCGACGAAUCCAAUUUGUCCAUACUCGAGAUCUGUCCCAACAGGUUUGUCAACAUGUACAAGCUCCCCAGCCAUAUUAACACCAACAACACCGACCUCAAACGACGACUCCACUAUUCUUAAGACCUCAUCAAGGAUUGAGAAUAUCAAAAAUUGGUCCAUAUCUACUUAUAAGUGUACAAAGCAGCUGAUGUUCGAAAAGCUAGGGAAGACUUCAAGAACACAUGAUGCAGAGCUGGAAACUCAAAUAGAUCAGUUAAGGGAAACACAGAAAAAAUAUAGCAAUGUUUUGAGACUGGCUAGAGCGCUUACUAGUCAUUUUUACCAUGUAGUGCAAACUCAACAUGCCUUAGGAGAAGCGUUUUCAGAUUUAGCUCAAAAAUCCCCAGAACUCCAGGAAGAAUUUUUAUACAACUCGGAGACACAACGAAAUCUCACUAAAAAUGGGGAGACUCUACUGGGAGCCUUAAACUUUUUUAUAUCCUCUGUAAAUACUUUAUGCAACAAGACUAUUGAGGACACAUUGCAAAGUAUUAGACAAUACGAAGCAGCUAGAAUUGAGUAUGAUGCUUAUCGCACUGAUUUAGAGUCGAUGUCAACAAAGCCUGAUGGUACAAUCGGCUUGGAGGAGGCGCAACAGGGCUACGAGCUGCACAGACAACAAUUUAUGAAGCUUAGAGCGGAAGUUACCAUAAAAAUGAAAUUUUUAGAUGAAAAUAGAAUAAAAGUUAUGCACAAACAACUUUUGUUGUUCCACAAUGCUAUAUCAGCCUAUUUUUCUGGGAAUCAGCAAGCUUUAGAAGCCACUUUAAAGCAAUUCAACAUUAAAGUAAAAACUCCAAAUUCUGCAUUCCCCUCUUGGUUAGAGCAGUGAUAAAAAUUGCAUUCCACACUGAAUAUUAUUAUCUAGUCACUUUUUUUAAUUUAUUUUAUAGCUUUUUUAAUAUUUUUAACUUGAGGAAAACCAACUAAAAUAAUUGCUCUUUUU